AUGGCUUCCUGCGUAGCAUGCCAACACCUUCACCCUCUAGGAAGCUGCCCAUUGAAGCGUGCCGGCGUCGAAUAUUGUGGUCUUUGCGGCCUUGCCCACUACGGCUUCUCUCGCAUCUGUCCACAUAUCAACUCAGAAACCCAAGUCAGAGAAAUGAUCCGAGCCGUGAAGUUAUCAUCGGAGCCAGGACAUCUCAAGUCAGAGACUUUGAAGUAUUUGACUGGAUUGAAAGGCACUUUGGUUCAAAAGAAGAAGAAAGAAGCUGAGAAGAAGGCCGCCGCUGCUAAUGGUAGCGCGAAUCCGAGCGCUGGUUCAUCUGCAGUGCCAGGACAGCAGCCAUUUCACAUGACCUAA